AUGAUUAAGUUGUCGUUCACGAAUGCUCUUUUGUUUCUGGGACUGGGAUAUUUCUUGUUCACGGCCUGGACGUUAGUGGAAGUAUUUUUUCCUGCGGCCUGCCAGCCCCCAGCUACAUGCCUCAUGCCUGCAUGGAAUCCAGAGGAUCAGGUUUCGUUGGAAGUAACUUUCCUGAAUCAUCCUGGUGAAGUGCUUUUGAAGACGGGUUUCUUCCCAAUCGCAUCUGGCCUUGAAAAUCAUCAAUCUCUUGUUCCACCAUCCGAUGUAUUUAACAACAAAACUGUCGAGGCCCGCAUAUCCCUGUCAAAUAAUGCCAAAUUCAUCUUUUCGAUCGUAGUUCCUCUAACGAUACACAAGGAGCCUGUUCGUACUGCUUUCAAUCUGCUUGGUGGAAAGGAUGAGUCAACUGCGCUUAGAAGCCCCUCUUCGGUUGAACAAACUUCCGUCAACUUUUGGUUAUCGACUCUCCAUAUUUACCUACUGUCCUCGGCCGUUGGAUUCAAUCGGCACUCUGUCCCUCCUGAACUUAUUCCUCAUCUCAAAGUUAUUCAAGCAGGGUCACAUACUUUGUAUCAGCCACUGAUCUAUUCUAAUCCAGUAAUGCAGAAAAGCACGGAUUGGAUCCAGGUCCCAGCUCCUACCAUAUUUCCAAACGGCACUAUGCAAUUCCCGGAGAUGCCCUUUUCUGUUUCCAUAAAACCGCAGACUAUUGGCAAAUUCCGCUUACGAUGUAUGCUAGGUUCAAUGGCGGAGCAGCUACGUUCGUAUGGCUUUCGGUCAAAGGACAUCGAUGAAGUCCGUCAAUUACUGGUCGACACCAACUUUUACUUUCUUUUAACCACAAUGUUUGUUUCCGUGUUUCACCUCCUUUUCGAUUUUUUGGCGUUCAAGAAUGACAUUUCAUUUUGGAGAAAGAUGAAGAACACCACAGGACUAUCCACACGGACAGUUGUUUGGCGGUUCCUUAGCUCGUUGAUUAUUUUUCUACAUUUGCGUGAGGAACGCAGCAGUCUUCUGGUCACAAUCCCCAUGGGCAUCUCCACCCUUAUCGAAUUUUGGAAGUUGCUGCGCCUCACUAAAUGCUCUUUCAGCCUGAGGCAUGGAUUUCGAAGGGGUGCUCGUUCUGUGUCAGAGCUAGAGACGGACAAGUUGGACGCUCAAUUCACAUUCUGGUUACAAUGUGUGAUGGUCCCACUUUGUUUGGCUGGAUCCGUUUACUCACUUCUAUACACGCCUCAUCGAAGCUGGUAUUCUUGGUGCUUAGAAACUCUCGUUCACGGCGUGUACGCUUUCGGAUUUCUCUUCAUGACUCCUCAGUUAUUCAUCAACUACCGGCUUAAAUCAGUUGCUCACCUCCCAUGGAAAGCAUUGACUUACAAAGCCUUCAACACGUUUAUCGAUGACUUUUUUGCCAUGAUUAUUACCAUGCCGACAUCACACCGGAUUGCAUGCCUGAGGGACGAUGUCAUCUUCCUUAUUUAUCUGUAUCAAAGAUGCCUCUAUCCUGUAGACAAGUCGCGCAUCAACGAGUUCGGUCAGCGGGGCGAUGACGAACCUACCCAACAUUCUUCCAUUGUCCACCCAACUGCUUCAAGUGACAAGAUAUACGCAAGAGUUUUUCGGAAUUUGUUGCCGUCAUCGUGGACACGCUAUCACUCUACCUCCAAAGACACCAAGAAAGUGCAAUAA